AUGUCCUCGGCUGUUACGGACGAGAAGGCCAGAUUGAGGCAUAACGCUGGAAAUGGCACAGACGAAAGUCAAGAAAAACCAGUCGCACCUUCACCGUCAAAUUUAGAGCGAGGAGCAGGCGGUACCAACGACGAGCUGUUGAACACUGGCAAGGACGAGACCGAACCACCACUAACCAAGACCCGCCGAUUCAAGGAAUUUACGCAUCGUAUUCAGGGGAAACAUGUAGAUCGUAUCCCGACCUUCCUAGAAGGACUAAAGUAUACGGUCACUGCUUCUUGUAAGUCGGAUCCUCCCCGUUUUCUUGGAAGAUUUAUUUUGGGCAUGGGCGCGGGGUAUAGAAGAGAUGAAGCUGAUAAUCUUUAUCUAAUUUUCAGAUAUAAAUUUCUCCUUGGUGUUCGUGAUUAUGGCGUGGGUAUCCCACUUUGUCAAGUGGAGCCCCCGUACGACAUUCAUCCACUAUUAGUCUCCUUCUUGGCCUUGAUUCCUCUGGAGAAACUGCUACAAUUCUGCAGUCACCAAAGCAUGCUUUAUCUCGGACGUACAGUAGGAGACUUGGUUAAUGUCACCUUGAUGAAGUAUGUGACCUGUUUAUCUCGCUUUCAUAUGUAUCUAACGCAAAUUUCCAGCGCCAUUGAGGCGAUUCUCGCGAUCCUCCUUCUCAAGAAGCCAAACGAACUGAGAUUGCUCCAAGGAACCAUCGUUGGAGUCACUCUUCUCCAAUUGACUUUGGUACCCGGUGUCAUGUUUAUGGCUGGUGGUUCGCGGUUGAUGCAUCAAGAGCUACAUCAGACACAGAACCAACUUAAUCAGAGCAUGUUGACGAUGGGUGUGAUGUGCCUUGUCAUCCCUGCGGCUUUCUAUGCUGGUCUAAGCUCGCUCGCCAGCGGUGAAGUACAGAGCUACGUCACUGCAAACGGUGUGGUGACGGAGG